AUGAUUAGGGCGCUUCCUGAUCAAUAUGCCCACUUCACUUCAUCUCUACUACUUCUGGGCACCUUGGACAAGACCCAGCUCAGGGAUGCUUUCCUUGCUGAAGAGGUCAAUCGCCGUUGUCGUGCUGAAGUCGAUUCUGCCUUGCAUUCUUCGUCUACCACUGCCAAUAGCACCUGCACCCAUCCUAACUGCCAUCAUUGCAACCAAUCCACCACCUCUACUCGUGUUCAGUGUGAUUUCUGUGGUUUACUUGGUCAUACCCAAGACAAAUGCCACAGAUACAUUGCUAGUCGCCAACAGGCAGUGGAGGGUGCUAAGAAUCGCUACAAGCGUGGCAAUAAGGCUCAGGCAGGCUCCAGCAACUCUCAGAAUACCUCUCAGCAGCCCAAAUCUUCGCCCAACAAUGCCAAUUCAUCUACUGUGGUCACUGAAUCAGCUGGGAAUGCAAGUCUUCGUUCCAUUCAUCCCUCUGAUCCUCAUUGCCCUCUCCAACUUGAUGCUGACAUUGAUUGGAAUGCAGACACAGGCGCCACUUCUCAUAUGACACCUCAUCGUCAUUGGAUGCACCACUAUACCCCAUAUUGUGUGCCAAUCAAGCUGGCUGAUCACACUGUUGUCUAUUCAGCUGGUGUUGGUACUGUGGUGUUUAAUCCUGUGAUGAAUGGCAAAGUGGCUAGGGCUGUGGAAUUCUCUAGAGUGCUCCAUGUACCAGGUGGCUGCAUUACGCACAAAUGUUCUUUUGUUGUUGAGUACCAAGGACACAGAGAACGAGUCACCACUGAAUGUAACAACCAAGAGUUUGUUACUCCAGUGCACAACUCAGACAAGCUACAGAGAGGAUGA